AUGGCAGCCACUGAACCUGAGGGUUUCUCCUCGAUUGUUCGACCACACGAAGGACAUGGAGGUGCACUCACAAGAGCACUUUCAUCAUCAUCCGCUUUCUCGGAUCGAAAACGACAGAGAGCUUACGAUAGUUCCGAUGAAGAUGUUAAGGGCGAGAAGAGUAUGGCUGAAGAUUGGAGCCUGAUGCCUGAACUUCAAGCUAUGCGACAGCAGAGUGAAAAAGAUCAAGCCAAAGGAAGAGAUCUUGGUGUAACUUGGAAGAAUUUAACGGUCAAGGGCAUUGGAGCUGAUGCAGCUAUCAAUGAGAAUGUUGGAUCGCAAUUCAACAUUCCCCAAAUAAUCAAAGACGGACGAGCAAAACCACCUUUGAGGACUCUCGUCGACAAUGCUCAUGGAUGCGUUAAACCCGGAGAAAUGUUAUUGGUUCUUGGAAGACCUGGAGCUGGAUGCACGACUCUACUGAAGAUGCUUUCAAACAAUCGAGGCGGAUAUGCAGAGGUCACGGGUGAUGUACAUUUCGGAUCAUUGACCCAUACUGAAGCACAACAAUACCGAGGACAAAUCGUCAUGAAUACCGAAGAAGAACUUUUCUUCCCUACCCUCACUGUCGGACAAACCAUUGAUUUCGCCACGAGAAUGAAGGUUCCAUUCCAUUUACCUUCAGACGUCAGUACCCCCGAGCAAUAUCAGCAAGCAAAUCGCGAUUUCCUACUCAGGAGUAUGGGUAUCUCGCACACUCACGAGACCAAAGUGGGAAAUGAGUAUGUGAGAGGUGUUUCCGGUGGUGAGCGUAAACGUGUUUCGAUUAUUGAGAUGCUUGCCUCCAGAGGAAGUGUAAUGUGUUGGGAUAACUCGACAAGAGGUUUGGAUGCUAGUACCGCUUUGGAAUACACGAAAGCUAUUAGAGCAUUGACGGAUAUAUUUGGAUUGGCCAGUAUCGUUACGCUUUAUCAAGCUGGUAAUGGUAUCUAUAAUCUUUUUGAUAAAGUUUUGGUUUUGGACGAGGGCAAGCAGAUCUAUUAUGGACCAAGGAAACAGGCAAGACCUUUUAUGGAGGAGUUGGGUUUCAUCUGUGAUGAUUCUGCUAAUGUUGCUGAUUUCUUGACCGGUGUUACGGUACCAACUGAGCGCAAAAUCAGAGAUGAAUUCCACAAUCGAUUCCCCCGAACCGCCGGUGAGAUUCUCGCUGCAUACAGUAACCAUCCCAUCAAGAACGAAAUGGAAAAAGAAUACGACUAUCCCACUACCGCAAUUGCCAAACAACGAACCGAGGAUUUCCGCACAUCUGUACAAUACGAAAAGAGUCCUAAACUCGGCAAGAAUUCUCCUCUCACCACUAGUUUCAUGGUCCAAGUCAAAGCUUGCGUUAUUCGUCAAUAUCAAAUCAUCUGGGGAGACAAAGCAACCUUCAUCAUCAAACAACUUUCUACUCUCGUUCAAGCUCUCAUCGCCGGUUCUCUCUUUUACAAUGCCCCUGCCAACUCCAGCGGUCUCUUUGUCAAAUCUGGUGCUCUUUUCCUCUCUCUCCUCUUCAAUGCUCUCCUCGCCAUGUCCGAAGUCACUGAUUCAUUCUCUGGUCGUCCUGUCCUCGCUAAACAUAAAGCAUUUGCACUCUACCAUCCAGCCGCCUUCUGUAUCGCUCAAAUCGCUGCUGACAUCCCCGUUCUGUUCGUGCAAAUCUCGCACUUCUCACUCGUCAUGUAUUUCAUGGUUGGAUUGCGUCAAGAUGCCGGUGCAUUCUUCACUUAUUGGAUUCUUAUUUUCGCAGCGACCAUGUGCGUGACUGCACUUUUCCGCGCCAUCGGUGCUGGAUUUUCCACAUUCGACGCCGCGAGUAAAGUGUCUGGGUUCUUGAUCAGUGCUCUGAUUAUGUACACGGGAUACAUGAUUAGGAAACCAGACAUGCAUCCUUGGUUCGUGUGGAUCUAUUGGAUCGACCCUCUUGCCUAUGGCUUUUCGGCCAUUCUGGCGAACGAAUUCAAGGAUCAGAUUAUUCCUUGUGUUGCGAAUAAUUUGGUGCCUAAUGGACCGGGAUACGCAGAUUUGACGUUCCAAGCUUGUGCUGGUGUGGGAGGAGCACUACCUGGAGCUACCAGUGUUACUGGAGAACAGUAUCUUAACUCACUCUCUUACUCUUCGAGCAACAUCUGGAGAAACUUUGGUAUUAUUUGGGCUUUCUGGUUUUUGUUUGUUGCUCUAACCAUCUAUUCCACAAGCAACUGGAGUGCGAAUGGAGGUAAAUCAGGAGUCUUGUUGAUCCCAAGAGAGAAGGCCCACAAAAAUACUGCAGUUCUCAAGGCUGCCAAUGCAGGCGAUGAGGAAUCUCAAGGUAUCCAGGAAAAACGUCAAGAGAAUUCUCGCCCCACGUCUCAAGAUACCAAAGUGGAAGACGAAGCCAGUAAUCAAUUGAUGCGCAACACCUCUGUCUUCACCUGGAAGAACCUUACCUAUACUGUUAAAACUCCAUCCGGCGAUCGUGUUCUCCUGGACAAUGUACAAGGUUGGGUUAAACCGGGUAUGUUGGGUGCACUUAUGGGAUCAUCUGGAGCCGGAAAAACGACACUCCUUGACGUACUUGCGCAACGCAAGACAGAUGGUACUAUCAAGGGUUCUAUCCUCGUUGAUGGCCGACCUCUCACUGUUUCGUUUCAACGUUCGGCAGGCUAUUGCGAGCAAUUGGAUGUACACGAACCACUUGCCACCGUACGCGAAGCCUUAGAAUUCUCUGCCCUUCUCAGACAAUCAAGAACCGUCCCCGACGCCGAGAAAUUGAAAUAUGUCGAUACGAUUAUUGAUCUUUUGGAAAUGCACGAUAUGGAGAACACGUUGAUUGGCAAAACCGGAGCAGGAUUGAGUGUCGAGCAAAGAAAACGUUUGACGAUUGGCGUGGAACUAGUCUCUAAACCCUCUAUUCUCAUUUUCUUGGACGAGCCAACUUCUGGUCUGGAUGGUCAAGCUGCUUUCAAUACAGUGCGUUUCUUGAGGAAGUUGGCGGAUGCCGGUCAAGCUAUCUUGGUUACUAUCCAUCAACCUUCCGCUCAACUCUUCUCUCAAUUCGAUUCUCUCUUGCUCCUCGCUAAGGGAGGUAAGACCGUCUAUUUCGGCGACAUCGGCGAGGAUUCCAAAACCAUCAAGGAAUACUUCGCACGUUACGAUGCCCCUUGUCCCGAAUCUUCUAAUCCCGCUGAACACAUGAUUGACGUUGUUUCCGGUGCUUUGAGUAAAGGAAAAGAUUGGAAUAAUGUCUGGCUCAACUCACCCGAAUAUGAAUACACGGUUAAGGAACUCGAUCGAAUCAUUGACACUGCUGCCGCUGCACCCCCUGGAACAACCGACGAUGGCUUUGAAUUCGCAACCCCCAUGUGGCAACAACUCAAACUUGUCACCCAGCGCAUGAAUGUAUCCAUUUACCGCAAUACAGAUUACAUCAACAACAAAUUCGCAUUGCAUAUUGGAUCUGCACUCUUCAACGGAUUCAGUUUCUGGAUGAUCAAAGAUUCGGUCGGCGAUCUACAAUUACGUCUCUUCACGGUUUUCAACUUCAUUUUCGUCGCACCGGGUGUCAUGGCUCAACUGCAACCACUUUUCAUCCAACGAAGAGAUAUCUACGAAGUGCGAGAGAAAAAAUCAAAGAUGUAUUCCUGGUGGGCCUUUGCUACCGGAAACGUUGUCUCCGAACUCCCCUACCUUGUUGUUUGCGCUAUCCUCUAUUACGUCUGCUGGUACUACACUGUUGGAUUCCCAUCCGAUUCCCACAGAGCAGGAUCCGUUCUCUUCGUCAUGAUCUGUUAUGAAUUCAUCUACACCGGAAUUGGCCAAUUCGUCGCCGCGUACGCACCAAACGAAGUAUUCGCCUCGCUGGUCAACCCUCUCGUCAUCGGAACCUUGGUCUCUUUCUGUGGUGUUCUCGUGCCAUAUGCGCAAAUCACCGAAUUCUGGAGAUACUGGCUGUACUACCUCAAUCCCUUCAACUAUCUCAUGGGCUCUCUCCUCGUCUUCUCCACCUGGGAUCACCCCGUCACAUGUCGCGAAUCCGAGUUCGCCAUCUUCAACCCUGCCAAUGGUACCUGUGGCGAGUAUCUAGCUUCGUACAUGCAGGGCAUGGGGGCAGCGGCAAAUCUGAUAAACCCAGAUGCGACAGAGGGAUGCAAAGUUUGUGAGUACACAACCGGAACCGAUUAUUUGCAAACCUUGAAUUUGAAGACCUAUACCUAUGGGUGGAGGGAUGCGGGAAUUUGCGCGCUGUUUGUUUUCAGUGGAUAUGCGCUGGUGUUCUUGUUGAUGAAGUUGAGGACUAAGAAGACCAAGGGGGCUGAAUAG